GCAGUGGGGGAGAGAGCAUUUAUUAAUCAACAGUGAUUGCAAACAGAUGUUCUGAAUCUGUUUCUCCACCUCAUUCCACCACUUCCAAAUCUCACCGCUUCACUGUUUCAAUCUCUCUUUCCUUGUGUGUUCAUGCAGAUUUAAAGAGGGCUCCAAGUACAGAUUUUUCCUUCACAUUUUGUACAGGAGAGGGAGAGAGAUUGAAAAGAAAUGGAAACUAACUCAGUUUCCAGUUUAAUUCUCUUCUUCUGCAUUUUCUUGGUGAUGGGCUCUCAGUUGAUCAGUGGCAGUGUUACUUACGAUAACAAGGCUGUAAUCAUCAAUGGGCAAAGGAGAAUUCUUCUCUCUGGUUCUAUACACUAUCCAAGAAGCACACCUGAUAUGUGGGAAGAUCUCAUUUUGAAGGCCAAAAAUGCAGGGUUAGAUGUGAUUGACACUUAUGUGUUUUGGAAUGUACAUGAGCCUUCUCCUGGCAAUUACAAUUUUGAGGGUAGAUAUGAUCUUGUGAGAUUUGUGAAGACUGUGCAAAAACUUGGGCUCUAUGUUCAUCUACGCAUUGGACCUUAUGUGUGUGCAGAGUGGAAUUUUGGAGGAUUUCCUGUAUGGUUGAAGUAUGUACCUGGUAUCAGCUUCAGAACAGACAAUGAGCCCUUCAAGGCGGCAAUGCAACAGUUCACUCAAAAAAUUGUCGGUGUGAUGAAAAGUGAGAACCUCUUUGAAUCACAGGGAGGUCCCAUUAUAUUAUCUCAGAUUGAGAAUGAAUAUGGAGCACAAAGGAGAGCACUUGGGCCAGCUGGGGAGGCAUAUAUGAACUGGGCUGCAAAAAUGGCUGUCGCGUUGGAUACUGGAGUUCCGUGGGUCAUGUGCAAAGACGACGAGGCCCCUGAUCCUGUGAUAAACGCUUGUAAUGGCUUUUACUGCGACUCCUUUUCUCCUAACAAACCUUAUAAACCCACUAUGUGGACUGAAGCUUGGAGCGGCUGGUUCACCGAGUUUGGAGGCCCAAUUCUUCAACGGCCAGUUCAGGAUCUUGCGUUUGCAGUUGCUCGCUUCAUACAGAAGGGUGGUUCAUUUAUAAACUAUUACAUGUUUCACGGAGGCACUAAUUUCGGGCGCACUGCUGGAGGUCCUUUUGUUACAACCAGCUAUGACUAUGAUGCCCCAGUUGAUGAAUAUGGUUUGAUCAGGGAACCCAAGUACGGUCAUUUGAAAGAGCUUCACAAGGCCAUUAAACUUUGUGAACAUGCGUUAGUCUCAUCGGACCCUACAGUUACUUCAUUAGGAAGCUCUCAGGAGGCUCAUGUGUUUUCCUCGGGAGAUGGAAGUUGUGCAGCUUUUCUUGCAAACUUUAAUAGUACUUCUGCUGCAAGAGUCUUGUUCAACAACAAGCACUACAAUUUACCUCCUUGGUCUAUUAGCAUACUUCCUGACUGCAAAAACGUGGUGUUCAACACUGCAAAGGUCGGCACACAAACUUCACAAUUUCAAAUGUUACCUUCUGAUUCUCAAUUGCACUCGUGGGAGACGUACGGCGAGGAUAUGACUUCACUCGACGACAGUACAACGUUUGCAGCAAUUGGACUUCUAGAGCAGAUAAACGUCACAAGGGAUAGCAGCGAUUACUUGUGGUACAUUACUAGCAUCGACAUUGGUUCGUCAGAGUCGUUCCUAAGAGGAGGACAGAAGCCCACUCUAACAGUGAACUCUAGAGGCCAUGCACUACAUGUCUUCAUCAACGGUCAGCUUGCAGGAUCUGCUUAUGGGACAAGGGAAAAUACGAGAUUCACAUUCACAGGACCUGUGAGCUUGCAAGUUGGAACGAAUAAAAUUUCUCUGCUCAGCAUAGCCAUGGGACUACCAAACAACGGAGUGCAUUUUGAAAAUUGGAAUGUCGGAGUACUGGGGCGAGUUGAGCUGGCCGGGCUGGAUCAGGGGAAAAGAGACUUAUCAAGGCAAACUUGGUCUUACAAGGUUGGAUUAAAAGGCGAGCAAAUGAAUUUAGUCUCUCCAGACAAGGUUUCGUCCGUUGAAUGGGCGCAAGUUUCAGCCAUCACCCAAAAUCAACAGCCUCUGAGAUGGUACAAGGCAUAUUUUGAUGCACCAAGUGGAGACGAGCCGUUGGCUUUAGACAUGAGAAGCAUGGGGAAAGGUCAAGUGUGGAUCAAUGGGCAAAACAUAGGAAGAUAUUGGAUGGCCUAUUCAAACGGAAACUGUGGAGUCUGCCACUAUGCUGGUACAUUCCGAGCCACUAAAUGUCAACGCAGCUGUGGUCAACCAACUCAACGAUGGUACCAUGUUCCUCGAUCUUGGCUGCAGCCCACACAGAAUCUCAUUGUACUAUUUGAAGAGUUAGGUGGAGACGCAUCAAAGAUCUCUCUCGUUAAAAGAACGACAGCAGGUGUUUGUGCAAAUGCAUUUGAGCACCGUCCAUCGGUUGCAAAUUACCAGAUCCAAAGCACCAGCGCAUCCAAAAUGCUUCAUCAGGCCAAGAUCCAUCUCAGCUGUUCACCUGGCCAGUCGAUCUCGGCCAUCACAUUUGCAAGUUUUGGGACUCCCACCGGAACUUGUGGAAGUUUUCGGCUGGGAAACUGUCAUGCACAGAACUCCCAUUCGGUCGUAGAGAAGAUGUGCGUUGGGAUGGAAAGUUGCAAGCUUGCAGUUUCAAAUAGCUACUUCGGGGCGGACCCUUGCCCCCGUGUAUUGAAGAAGUUAUCUGUUGAAGCGAUUUGCUCUACAAAAAUGAGUUGAAGCCACUUAACAAGUGUAGAUGUUAGAAUACUAGUAAGAGAGAGGUAGAAAAAUUUGCAGGGAAAGUUGUCAUAUCCAUAAAGAAAUAUUGUUUCUUUUCCUUGUGAUUAGUAUCAUGCUGUCCGAAUAGAUCGUGAAUCGUUAUUAAUAUUCCAUUUUAUGAUCU